GUCUGAGAUCUGCGUAGAAUAAGACUUAAAACAGCUACUCCUCACAGUAAGGAUAUCCACUGUGUGUAGGUCAGCCUUGUUUUUCCUCCUCCUUUUUUAAUUCCUGCCUCCCGUGGUCCUCCGCGUUCAGACCACAGCCACAGCGAUGCCAGAGACAACGCAAGAGACGUGCGCUCCGGCCAAGGACUCCCCUUUCUUCAUCAAGAACCUGCUCAACUGUGAUAGCAAACCGUCCAAACCCAAACCCGUGCUCACUGCCGCCAAGGCGGCCUUGGAGGGAGGCUUUUCUCUCUCGCAGGUCGCGGACUUCAACUUUCCACGCUUCGACCUGCCUGCGCAGAGGUUCAGUCUGCCGGCGCACUACCUGGAGCGCACGUCGGCGUGGUGGUACCCAUACACCCUCGGCACAUCCGCGCACCUGCACAGAACCGAAGUCACUGAGAAACCAGCAGCCAGAGACUCCUCUCCAACCUCGGGCACAGACAGAGACUCCCCGGAGCUCGUCCUCAAAUCCGAGCCAGACACCAAAGACGACGACGAGGACGACGACCACAACAACAACAAAAGCGGCGACGAGAUCAUCCUGGAGGAGAGCGACACGGAAGAAGCCAAAAAAGACGAGCUGGAUGAGUGGAAGAAGAGGGACGACGACAAGAAGCCGUGCCGCAAGAAGAAGACGCGCACCGUCUUCUCCCGCAGCCAGGUGUUCCAGCUGGAGUCCACCUUCGACAUGAAGCGCUACCUGAGCAGCUCGGAGCGCGCCGGCCUGGCCGCGUCCCUGCACCUGACGGAGACUCAGGUGAAGAUCUGGUUCCAGAACAGGAGGAACAAGUGGAAACGGCAGCUGGCGGCGGAGCUGGAGGCCGCGAACUUGAGCCACGCCGCCGCGCAGAGGAUAGUCCGGGUGCCCAUCCUCUACCACGAGAACUCGGCCUCAGAGAGCGGAGGCUCCGCAGCCAACGUGCCCGCGAGCCAGCCGCUGCUCACUUUCCCUCACCCGGGCGUCUACUACUCUCACCCCAUCGUCACGUCUGUGCCGCUGCUCAGACCCGUUUGAAAAACAACUCACGUGAGAAGUAGAAACAAAUAGACUACAUAUUUUUGUACAACUGACUAAAGAAAAACAGACGAUGUCA